GUGAGGACCGGCUUCUAGAGCGACAGGGGCCCUGGAGAGCAGGUGCCCGGGGGGAGGGCCAAGUUGCCCCUGGACCAAGUUGCCCCUGGACCAAGCUCCACGCAGGCGGUGCAGGAGCCGGGCUGUUCAGGGAAGGGGACACUGAGAGAUGCUGCUGCAUUCCUGCGGUCCUGCUGCAUCCGGUGGAGCAGUCUCAGUCAAGAUGGCAUGGAUGAGUGGGUGAAAGAGGAUGUGCCCCCAUGCAAAGCCUCUGGAGGGUCCUGGCCUGGCAGCUGAGUUCUUUUUGGACUUGGGGCAGCAGGUGUAGCUGCAGAGCUCGUGAGAGAGUGGCUUUUCCCAGCUCUUUACUCACAAAACUGGUUGGGGUUUGGGGACUCUAAAGGGAACUUGGGGAAAGAUAACCUGGCAGAAAUGGAAAGGAACCCCCAGAACCUUCUAGAAUCUAUUAACUGGAUCCCCUCUUACUGCUCAGAGCACAGAGGGAGGCUGUGAUCCAAUUAAGCUUUGGACCCACUUAAGUAAAGCAACACAGCUCAGCAAGCAGCUUCUGCAUCUGAGCCAGACAGGAGGAUUCAAAGGGAGAGAGUGGCUGCAUAUUUUACUCUGAGAUCCAAGGAGAUAGAAGAUAAGGACACUGGCUUUCCUUCUAAUAAUGCCAGAUCCGGAAGAAGCAUGAACCAUUUUAAACAUCUAAGAGGGUUCUUGAAGCAUAGGAGUUGGUGGCAAACCCUCCCAGUGCAGGUAAGAACAGUUGCAGCAUCCAGCUGAGCACGUCAGUGAGCAAGGACUUGCGGCUGUUCCUGUCCCCUGGCAACAGUGACCUCACCAGGAGCAAAAGCGUCCCUCGGUUGUGAGAUUUGACAGAAUGAGGUGUGCCGCGGAAACAACUCGCUGGAACUUGGCCUUUCCUGCCUGUCCCCGGAUCCCCCAAGAGGCCCCAGUCCACUGAGUCAACGAUGGCCGAGAAAGGUGACUGCAUUGCCAGUGUCUACGGGUAUGACCUUGGAGGGCGCUUCGUUGACUUCCAACCCCUAGGCUUUGGGGUCAACGGACUGGUGCUGUCGGCUGUGGACAGCAGGUCUUGCCGGAAGGUAGCCGUGAAGAAGAUUGCUCUGAGCGAUGCCCGAAGCAUGAAGCAUGCACUCCGAGAGAUCAAGAUCAUCCGGCGCCUGGACCAUGACAACAUUGUCAAGGUGUAUGAGGUACUAGGACCCAAGGGCAGCGAUCUGCAGGGCGAGCUCUUCAAGUUCAGCGUGGCCUACAUUGUCCAAGAGUACAUGGAGACUGACCUGGCCCGGCUGCUGGAGCAGGGCACGCUGACCGAGGAGCAUGCCAAGCUGUUCAUGUACCAGCUGCUGCGUGGGCUCAAGUACAUCCACUCUGCUAAUGUGCUGCAUAGGGACCUGAAGCCCGCCAACAUUUUCAUCAGCACGGAGGACCUUGUGCUCAAGAUUGGGGAUUUCGGGCUGGCAAGGAUUGUGGAUCAGCAUUACUCACACAAGGGUUAUCUGUCAGAAGGGUUGGUGACAAAGUGGUACCGUUCUCCACGACUGCUCCUGUCCCCCAACAACUACACAAAAGCCAUCGAUAUGUGGGCAGCUGGCUGCAUCCUAGCUGAGAUGCUCACGGGGAAAAUGCUCUUCGCUGGGGCUCAUGAGCUGGAGCAAAUGCAGCUCAUCCUAGAGACCAUCCCUGUGGUCCGGGAGGAAGACAAGGAAGAGCUACUCAAGGUGAUGCCAUCCUUCGUCAAUAGCACCUGGGAGGUGAAGAGGCCACUGCGCAAGCUGCUCCCUGAUGUCAACAGUGAAGCCAUUGACUUUCUGGAGAAGAUCCUAACCUUUAACCCCAUGGACCGCUUGACAGCGGAGAUGGGGUUGCAGCACCCCUACAUGAGCCCUUAUUCGUGCCCCGAGGAUGAGCCCACCUCGCAACACCCCUUCCGCAUUGAAGACGAGAUCGAUGACAUCGUGUUGAUGGCUGCCAGCCAGAGCCAGCUCUCCAACUGGGACAGGUACCCUGUGAGCCUGUCGUCAGAUCUGGAGUGGAGGCCUGACCGGUGCCAGGAUGCCAGUGAGGUGCAGCGUGACCCACGCGCUGGUUCUGCGCCGCUGACUGAGGAUGUUCAGGUAGACCCACGUAAAGACUCGCAAAGCAGCUCCGAGCGUUUCCUAGAACAGUCGCACUCGUCGAUGGAGCGCGCCUUUGAGGCGGACUAUGGGCGCUCCUGCGACUACAAGGUGGGGUCCCCAUCCUACCUAGAUAAGCUGCUGUGGCGCGACAACAAGCCCCACCAUUACUCAGAGCCCAAGCUCAUCCUGGACCUGUCACACUGGAAGCAGGCAGCCAGCACGCCCACCAUGACUGCGGUAGCAGCAGACCCGGUGUCACGUGAGGAUGAGCCGGCCAGCCUCUUCCUAGAGAUCGCUCAGUGGGUCAAGAGCACGCAAAGUGGCCCUGAGCGUGCCAGUCCUCCCCCUGAUGCUCCGGAGCACCGCCUCUCUGUCUCGCCCCCAGGACACCCAACACCCAUCGAUGGGGGUGCUAGUCCCCAGUUCGACUUAGAUGUGUUCAUCUCGCGUGCCCUAAAGCUCUGCACAAAACCCGAGGACCUACCGGAAAACAAACUGGGGGACCUCAACGGUGCGUGCAUCUCUGAGCACCCUGGUGACCUUGUCCAGACAGAAGCCUUCUCCAAAGAAAGGUGUUUGACAUCUCAGGAAGGCUCUUGGGUGAGAACACACUGCUACUGAUAUGCACCUGUGCCAAGAUGAGCCGGCUUGUCAGCCAUCCAUCACAUUCUCUCCAAACCAUCUGCCCGGUGUUCAGCAGUGCCCCUUCCCCUCUGUUUUAUUGUAGUGCUCACAGUCUGCCGU